CCUCGCCGUGCCCGGCUCCUCCUUCCUGGAGCCGCGGCUGAGGCGGCGGAGAGGCGGCGGCGGGGUUGGCGGCCGCGCUGGGGGCGCUGAGUGGCCCUCGGGACACGCGCCCGCCCCGACCGUAUGCGGUGACUCGUGCGGCGCAGGCGCCUCCUGCCCCGCCGGCGGGGCCCGGGCUCUCCGCGGCGGGAUGUUCUCCCGAAGGAGCCACGGAGAUGUCAAGAAGUCCACUCAGAAGGUGCUGGACCCCAAGAAGGACGUGCUGACCCGCCUGAAGCACCUGCGGGCGCUGCUGGAUAACGUGGAUGCAAGCGACCUGAAGCAAUUUUUUGAGACCAACUAUUCUCAGAUAUAUUUCAUCUUCUAUGAGAAUUUUGUAACACUGGAAAAUAGUUUGAAAUUAAAAGGGAAUAAUAAAUCCCAAAGGGAGGAGCUGGACUCCAUCCUCUUUCUUUUUGAAAAAAUACUACAGUUUCUACCUGAACGAAUUUUCUUUCGAUGGCAUUACCAGAGUAUAGGCUCAACUCUAAAGAAGCUGCUGCACACUGGAAAUUCUGUUAAGAUACGCUGUGAAGGAAUCAGGCUGUUUCUUUUGUGGCUGCAAGCACUUCAGACAAACUGUGCAGAAGAGCAGGUGCUGAUUUUUGCUUGCCUGGUGCCCGGUUUCCCAGCAGUCCCAUCCUCCAGGGGACCCUGCACGCUGGAGACGCUCAUCAACCCCAGCCCUAGUGCAGCUGAUGCAAAGAUUUAUCCAGAAGAAAUCACUGCACUCGUGCCAGCCAUAUCAGGAGAGAAGAUCGCUGAGGACCAAACCUGCUUUUUUCUUCAAAUACUGUUGAAGUACAUGGUUAUUCAGGCUGCAAGCUUGGAGUGGAAGAAUAAGGAGAAUCAAGAUACUGGUUUUAAAUUUCUUUUUACAUUAUUCCGAAAGUAUUAUCUUCCUCAUUUGUUUCCAUCAUUUACUAAGCUAACAAACAUCUACAAACCUGUACUUGACAUCCCCCAUGUAAGAUCAAAGCCAGUGUACAUCACUACAACUCGAGACAAUGAAAGCAUUUACAGUACAAAAAUCCCCUACAUGGCAGCCCGUGUUGUUUUUAUUAAGUGGAUUGUCACUUUCUUUUUGGACAAAAAGUAUCUAACCACAACACAGAACACUAAAAAUGGAGUUGAUGUAUUGCCUAAAAUCAUCCAGACUGUUGGUGGAGGUGCUGUGCAAGAGAGGGCGUCAGAGUCAGAUGCCGGUGGCCCCACUGAGCAGGACAAAAGCCAUUCGAACAGCAGCACCCUGUCCGACCGGAGACUCAGCAACUGCAGCCUUUGUAGCAUUGAAGAGGAGCACCGGCUGGUGUAUGAAAUGGUGCAGCGCAUUCUCCUGUCAACGCGAGGUUAUGUCAACUUCGUGAAUGAAGUAUUUCGUCAGGCCUUCUUGUUGCCUUCCUGUGAGAUAGCUGUAACAAGGAAAGUGGUGCAAGUAUACAGAAAGUGGAUCCUCCAGGACAAACCUGUGUUCAUGGAGGAACCGGAUAAAAAUGACCCUGCUCAAGAAGAUGCAGAAAAACUCGAGUUUUCAGAAAUUGAUAGCAAGGAGGCCUCAGCUGGAAGCUCAGGUCAUAAGCGAUCCUCCAGCUGGGGGCGCACCUACUCCUUCACCACUGCCAUGAACAGAGGCUGCGUGACCGAGGAGGACAACACCAACGUGAAAGCUGGGGCCCAGGCUAUGCUGCAGGUAUUUUUGACAAAUGCCGCAAAUGUCUUUUUGCUGGAACCAUGUGCUGAAGUUCCCAUGCUCUUGAAAGAACAAGUCGAUGCUUGUAAAGCUGUUUUAAUUAUUUUUAGGCGCAUGAUAAUGGAGCUUACAAUGAAUAAAAAGACGUGGGAGCAGAUGUUGCAAAUACUACUCAGGAUAACAGAAGCUGUCAUGCAGAAGCCAAAGGAAAAACAAACAAAGGACUUGUUUGCCCAGAGCUUGGCAGGGUUACUUUUUAGGACUCUCAUCGUAGCUUGGAUCCGAGCAAACCUUUGUGUGUACAUCUCUCGGGAACUCUGGGACGACUUCCUCAGGGUGCUGUCCUCCCUCACUGAGUGGGAGGAGCUCAUAAACGAGUGGGCCAACAUCAUGGACUCCUUGACGACUGUGCUCGCAAGAACCGUCUAUGGAGUUGAGAUGACAAACCUACCUCUGGAUAAAUUGAGUGAACAAAAGGAAAAGAAGCAGCGAGGGAAAGGCUGUGUCCCAGAAACCCAGAAAGGAACUACCGUGGGCCGGUCCUUUUCUCUCAGCUGGAGAAGCCACCCAGAUCUGGCUGAGCCCGUGAGGGUUCGGAGUGCCACCACGUCUGGAGCCCCUGGGGCCGAGAAGGCCAGAAAUAAUGCUCGUCAGAAGACAACUGAGGUGGAAGAGUGUCAGCAGUCGGAAAGUGCACCUGCCGCUGGGUCUAGUCAGCUCGUGGUGGGACAGCCGCAGGUGCUUCGGAGCAGCAGUACUUCGGAUAUCACCGAGCCACAGAGCUCAGAUUCUCCUCAGGGACAAAAAAUAGAAAAUAUACAGAAUUUGUGUUCUUCAGAGCUCAAGCCUAUUCAAGAAAGCAGAGGACAUGUGAAGAAAGAACAUGAAGGGAUAACAAUCUUAAUUCGAAGGAGCAGCAGCCCUGCUGAAUUGGAUUUGAAAACUGAUUUGCAACAGACUCAAGGACAAUGUAAGGAAAGACAAAAAAGUGAAAGUGUCAGCAGUGACAUAGUUCUGGGCUGUGACAGCGAGGUGGAGCUCUCUGGGAGCCCAUGGCAGACCUGUGAGGAAGACCCAGAAUUAAACACUCCCACAGAUGUUGUGGCUGACCCUGAUGCCCGCCAUUGGUUACAGCUGAGUCCCACUGAUGCUUCCAACUUAACAGACAGCAGCGAGUACCUGGUGGAUGACUGUAGUAUCAUUGCCGGAGGGAAUCUCACUGGGUGGCACCCAGACUCUGCAGCUGUGCUAUGGCGAAGAGUUUUGGGAGUCCUCGGAGAUGUGAAUAACAUCCAGUCACCCAAGAUCCAUGCCAAAGUCUUUGGGUAUCUCUGUGAACUCUGGUACAAGCUAGCAAAGAUCCGGGAUAAUCUAGCAAUCAGCCUGGAUAACCAGUCUUCUCCAUCCCCUCCGGUCUUGAUCCCACCACUCAGAAUGUUUGCAUCAUGGCUAUUCAAGGCUACGACGCUGCCAAAUGAAUAUAAGGAAGGCAAACUGCAAGCCUACAGACUCAUCUGUGCCAUGAUGACCAGACGCCAGGAUAUGCUGCCAAACUCGGAUUUCCUGGUGCAUUUUUACCUUGUGAUGCACCUGGGAUUAACCAGCGAGGAUCAGGACAUCUUAAAUACCAUCAUAAGGCACUGUCCGCCCCGCUUCUUCUCCCUGGGUCUGCCUGGCUUCUCCAUGCUGGUAGGGGACUUCAUUGCAGCGGCUGCCAGGGUCCUCAGCACAGACACGCUGGCGGCGCCUCGCUCCGAAGCCCUCACCAUCCUUGGCUCCCUCGUCUGCUUCCCAAACACCUACCAGGGGCUUCCUCUACUACAGUCAGUGCCAGAAGUGAAUGAGGUCAUUACAGGAGCCGAAGAUGUCAAGCAUUACCUCAUAAAUAUUUUACUGAAGAAUGCCACAGAGGAACCAAAUGAAUGUGCAAGAUGCAUUGCUAUUUGCUCCCUCGGAGUGUGGAUCUGUGAAGAGCUUGCGCAGUGCACAAGCCAUCCCCAGGUGAAAGACGCCAUCAAUGUGAUAGGUGUGACUUUGAAGUUUCCUAACAAAACUGUGGCUCAGGUAGCUUGCGACGUGCUUCAGCUGCUGGUUUCCUACUGGGAGAAGCUCCAGGCAUUUGAAACCUCGCUGCCUCGGAAGGUGGCAGAAAUCCUCGUGGCCACAAUUGCGUUUCUCUUACCAAGUGCAGAGUACUCCAUGGUGGAAGCAGACAAGAAGUUCAUUGUGUCCUUGCUCCUCUGCCUCUUGGACUGGUGCAUGACGCUGCCCAUGAAUGCCCUCCUCCACCCCGUGUCCACCGUGCUCCUGGAGGAACAGCAGAUGGCUCGAGCCCCCUUGCUGGAUUACAUCUACAGGGUUCUGCACUGUUGUGCCUGUGGCUCAAGCACGUACACCCAGCAAAGUCACUACACACUGACCCUGGCCGACCUGUCCUCCGCCGAUUAUGACCCCUUCCUGCCCCUGGCAAGUGUGAAGAGUUCGGAGCCAGUCCAGUACCAUUCAGCAGCAGAACUGGGGAACCUGCUGACUGUGGAAGAGGAGAAGAAGAGAAGAAGCGUGGAGCUGAUCCCGCUCACUGCCCGCAUGGUCAUGGCCCACCUGGUCAAUCACCUGGGCCACUACCCGCUGAGUGGGGGCCCCGCCAUGCUGCACAGCCUGGUCAGUGAGAACCACGACAAUGCGCACGCCGACGGCUCCGAGCUGUCCUCCGAGGUGUUCCGGAGCCCCAACCUGCAGCUGUUUGUGUUUAACGACAGCACGCUCAUCUCCUACCUUCAGACGCCCACGGAGGGCCCGGCAGGCCGGUCACCAGGGGGCGCCCUCUCCGACGUCAGAGUCAUCGUGAGGGAUAUCUCAGGGAAGUACUCUUGGGAUGGCAAGGUUUUGUAUGGGCCUUUAGAAGGCUGCUUGGCACCCCGGGGGAAAAAUCCCUCAUUUGUGAUUUCGGGCUGGAAUCAUCACUCAUGCGGACCUCAAAAAGACUUUCCUCCAACUGAGGAGGGAGAUGACGUGCUCGACAAGUUACUUGAAAGCAUUGGCCACACGAGUCCAGAAUGCCUCUUACCAUCACAGCUCCAUCUGAACGAGCCCUCCCCGCCCCCAUGUGGAAUGAACUGUGACCAAGAGAAGGCCAUCAUCGAGGCCAUUCUACGCCAGCACGCACAGGAAGAUGAGUAUGUUCGGAGGUGUGGCUCGGACACUGCCAUGGGAGUCGCCAGCCAGGGGCAGCCGCCCCCAGUGGAGCCCCGGGGGCCCUUCUAUUUCUGCAGGCUGCUGCUGGAUGACUUGGGGAUGAAUUCCUGGGAUAGGAGGAAGAAUUUUCACUUGUUGAAGAAAAAUUCAAAAUUAUUGCGAGAGCUAAAAAAUCUGGACUCCCGUCAAUGCCGUGAGACCCACAAGAUCGCUGUGUUCUACAUCGCUGAAGGGCAAGAAGACAAAUGUUCCAUCCUCUCCAAUGAAAGGGGAAGCCAAGCAUACGAAGACUUUGUUGCUGGACUUGGAUGGGAGGUGGAUCUGUCCACUCACUGUGGCUUCAUGGGCGGCCUUCAGCGCAACGGCAGCACCGGGCAGACGGCCCCUUACUACGCUACCUCGACCGUGGAAGUGAUUUUCCAUGUUUCUACCCGGAUGCCAUCUGACUCUGAUGAUUCUCUCACCAAAAAGCUCCGUCACCUGGGGAAUGACGAGGUCCACAUCGUCUGGUCGGAGCACUCCAGGGACUACCGUAGGGGAAUUAUCCCGACCGCCUUCGGAGAUGUCUCCAUCAUCAUUUACCCAAUGAAGAAUCACAUGUUCUUUAUCGCCAUAACGAAGAAGCCCGAGGUUCCAUUUUUUGGCCCCCUGUUUGAUGGAGCCAUCGUGAGCGGGAAACUGCUGCCCAGCCUCAUCUGUGCCACGUGCAUCAAUGCCAGCAGGGCCGUGAAGUGCCUCAUCCCACUCUACCAGAGCUUCUACGAAGAGCGGGCUCUGUACCUCGAAGCCAUCAUCCAGAACCACCGUGAAGUCAUGACAUUCGAGGAUUUCGCAGCGCAGGUCUUCUCCCCCUCGCCCAGCCACUCGCUCAGCGGAACGGAUUGAAACGCAUGACCUUCCCAUCGCAGUACCUGAGAAAGGGUCCUGGAUCCCACCUGCGUGCCAGCCCAGAGGUGGAUGUGGCUUGUGCAAUGCCCUCUCCUAGAGCCCCCGAACCCAGAGCCUGCGGGAGACUUGGUUGCCAUGCCUGUGCAGUAAACAUGAAGGAAACCUCGUGAAAUCCAAAGCAAAUCCAGCGACUGUCACACAAGAUGGUGUCCCAGGACCCCACGAAAAGCCACCAACAGCCAGAGACAAACCCACUGCCCAUGGGCACUGGUGGGGCUUCCCCGAGCAGCAGCACAUGGGAGAGGUGUGGGCCUCCAGGGAGGGACCCAGAGCAGUUGAGUUCCUGAGCCCCCGCUGGUUCCUCUCAUUCACAAACCCCUGCAUUGGUGUUGCUAGUUUUUGCUUCUUGUUAGGAUGUACCAACUCCUCAAAAAUUUCAUCAUCGUGAUAAGUGGCUCUCCCCAGGGCCCGGCGCCUAGGGGAAAGUCUGCCUCAGUGCUUGAGUGAUUUUCCACCUGUGCCCAAGACCCACGUUACCCUGGCCACCCAGAGGCCCCAUCAAACGCUCCCAUCCCACAAUGCUCAGAAGGUUCUGAAAAUGCAAGGUACUGUCCCUAUGAUGCCAAGGCUCAGCAUGGCAAGUGCCCAUCAGGAGAGUAGGCAAACGUCAGCAGCAGCUGCAGGUGCCAGGCCUGGAUGGAAAUGUGCCUUGGGAGGGUUGGAAGAGCCCUGGGACGUGUCUUGUCACACACUCAAUUUUAAGGGAACAGAUUCCAAGCAAGGGGCGGGGGUUAGCAGGGAAUUCAGAUGGAAGGCCUCUUGAGCCUGUUCACAAACAGGAAAAGCAGGAGCAGAAAGGGAACCCAGGACCAGCCCUCACCCUGCUGCUCAGCUUACCCAGCUCCUUCUACCAGCAUCUCUGGGCGGGGGGACCCUGCUUGUCCUGCUGGAAAUUUGUGCUCACAGGGAUGACCCGUGUCGCGCAGGCCUUACCCCAGCAUGGACUCUGGGACUGCUCGACCUCAGAGCAGGAACCCAAGUCCAAUGCCCACCUCAGCUCCUGUUGUUGGGAGAGGGCCCUUUCGCAGCGCACGGGGCCGAAGACAUGAGAACGGCAGGUCAAAUGCAGCUACCAGCCAGGAACUUGGCCCUGGAAAGUGUGUUUUUCUGCCUCCCUGGGAUCGCAGGUAGGGGACUGAAGCCUAGCCCACCACCUGGGGGGAACAGGGAUGUGGCAAAGUAGAAAUGAGCUUUACCUACCUUGGGCUGCUCUGAGAAAGGCAGUGGACAUUCUGCUGUCCUCUUUGCUUUUAUUCUGAGUAAAGCAUGACUCCUAACAGCCCAGUCACUGGGGUCUAGCUGCCUUGGUUCACGUUUAUCACGUACCCCAAGCCUCCACUACUCAGUUGGCAGCUGGAAAUGGGUAGCUUCUGGAACAGUCUAUGUCCAGGAUCUAGAGAGCCCUGUCACCUCUGUGCACCAGAGCCUCUGACCUUGUAGGGGGAGACAACCGUAGGCGACCAGACACUCAGCUUCUAUUGGCAUUCUUGGGUUUUCAUGAGCCCGUGCUACAGCCAGCAGCCUUCUGAAAGAGCCUUCCUCACUGCGCUCUGCUCGGUGACCCUAGGGUUGGGGCAAUCAGAGCAGCUGGAGUAGGAGUUCUGGCACCAUGUUUACUCGCAGUCAUGUGAACUUGGGUCCUUUGGGUUCUCUGGCGUGGAAAACUGAAAUGAUCAAGUUGACUUCUUUUUUUUUUAAGAUUUAUUUAUUUUUAUUG